UUCAAAUCAAAACAUCUAUGUCCCAACUUUAGUUCCUACUGCCCAAUACAACUUUAUCAAAUACUAUUUUUAAAAACAAACAAAAGCUUCUUUCCCUUUUACUUUCCUUAAUCCAAUUCCAAACUCCAUUAUUAGUAUUAUUAUCUUAAUAAAUAGAUCCAAUAUUCAUUUGUUCAUCUUUCCCUUCAUAAUUCAUUAGCCAUGACUUCCUCAGAGAGCUUAAGUUUCUUUUCUCCUGAAUAUACUUCACCUAAGAUGUUUCCUCGAACACCGUCACCACAACCACCAACACCAGCACCAACUCAUAAACGUGGCGUUCCAUCGCCUAUGAGCCAAAUCAUGGCGUCAAAACAAGCCCUUAAUCAACCUUUAACACCAGAAAUGUCACUUGAAAUCAAGAAUAAACCAAUAGUACAAUAUGUUGUGCCACGACAACGUAAACGGACCAAUCCUGCAGUGUGGUGUGCUGCAAUACUAUGCAUGAUGUUCAGCUUACUACUAAUAUUAUUUGGUAUUGGAACACUAGUCAUUUUCCUAUCUAUCAAACCAAGAAAUCCAGUGUUUGAUACAUCUAAUGCUAGCCUAAGUGUCAUAUACUUAGACUCACCUAAGUAUAUGAAUGGUGACUUCACAUUUAUAGCAAAUUUCACCAAUCCAAACAAGAAACUUGAUGUAAGAUUUGAGGAGUUGCUCAUUGAACUCUUUUUCUCAGAUAGCCUAAUAGCAACACAAGUUCUUCAACCAUUCAGUCAGAGGCAACGUGAAACGCGACUAGUAAAAGUUCACAUGAUAUCUAGCUUGGUUUAUUUGCCACCAAUUUCAGCUUUCAAGCUACAAAAGCAGGUACUUAGCAACAGAGUUGUGUAUAAUAUCAGAGGAACUUUUAAGGUCAGAGUCAAUAUUGGGCUAAUUCAUUACUCUUAUUGGUUACAUGGGAGAUGUCAAUUAGAGAUGACAAGUCCACCUACUGGUGCUCUUAUUACACAUAGUUGUAGAGCAAAGAGGUGAAAACAAGGGCGCAAGAUUUUAACAUCAUAAUUUUUUUUUAUUUCAUUUUUUCACCGAGCUUGGACCAUGUCUCUAAAAUGUUUUUUUUUAAAAAAAAAAAAGAUGAUUACUUUUGUAUAUUGCAUACUUUAGUACAGCAAUUUGAUUUGAUUUGAUUUGAUUUUCCAUAUUCCUUCUAUUAUGUCUCUAAUAAUAACGGUACAAAAAUUGUUG